CCCCUCUCUCUCUAAAAACACACACAGAGGUCACCCUCUCUCUCUCUCUAUACACAUGUAUAUAGAUAUAUAUAUAUACACAUUCUGCAUAUGCAGUGACAAUGGGAUGCAUAGCUGGUUCUUGGAUCCAGAGAUUCAGCCAUUUUUAAAGCUUAUUAUAUAUAUAUAGAGAGAGAGAGAGAGAGAGAGAAAGAGACCGAGAGAGUAAAAUUCCAUUUAUAUUAUUAUCCCAACAAGACAUGAUUUGGUGUUCCCAAAAUUGCUCAAAUUCCCAAUCCCUUUGCCUGCCAUUGAAAUCCGUACCUCUUUUUCUGUAAAUGCCUGUAAAUCCAUGGCCCAUGUUUCCCCUCUUCUUCUUCUCCUUCUUCAUUUCGUCCGCUCUCUGUCUCGAUCCGCAAGGGGAAGCUCUCCUCGCAUGGAAAUCCACCUUGGCCGGCUCCAUCGAUGCCCUGGCUGAUUGGAAUCCCGCCCACCCGAAUCCCUGCCGCUGGUUUGGGAUUCUCUGCAACUCUAAUGGCGUCGUGGUGGAGAUUAAUCUGAAGUACGUUGAUCUUCUUGGCAAUGCGCCGUCGGAUUUUAGGGUUUUGGGCUCUCUGAAUAAGCUCGUUCUUGUUGGGACUAAUCUCACCGGGAAGGUCCCGGACCGGAUUGGGGAUCUGACGGAGUUGAAGGUCCUAGACUUGAGCGACAAUGGCCUCACCGGAGAAAUCCCCGCCGGUAUUUGCUUGCUGUCGAAAUUGGAGAAGCUUUACCUCGAUACCAAUAGGUUGGAAGGAUCCAUCCCCGCCGGAAUCGGGAAUCUGACGAACUUGCUGGAACUGACUCUGUACGAUAACAAGCUUUCCGGCGGGAUUCCGGCGAGCUUCGGCAAUUUGAAGAAGUUGGAAGUGAUUCGAGCAGGAGGGAAUAAAAACCUCGCCGGAGCGCUGCCGCCGGAGAUCGGGAACUGUACUAAUUUGGUGAUGCUCGGCCUGGCGGAGACGAGCAUCUCGGGGUUCCUCCCGCCGGAGAUCGGACGGCUGAGGAGACUCCAGACUUUGGCGAUUUACACGGCGCUACUGUCGGGGAAUAUUCCGGCGGAGCUCGGAGACUGUGGCGCCCUGCAGAAUGUGUACCUGUAUGAGAAUUCUCUGACGGGGGAAAUUCCGGCGGCGAUUGGGAGGCUUGAGAAUUUGCAGAACCUCCUGCUAUGGCAGAACAGCCUCGUCGGAGAUAUUCCGGCCGAGAUCGGGAACUGCACUCAGCUGGUCGUCAUCGACGUGUCGCUGAAUUCUCUGACAGGGAAUAUUCCGGCGACGUUUGGGAAUCUGAGGAUGCUGCAAGAGUUGCAGAUGAGCGUGAAUCAAAUUUCCGGCAGGAUUCCGAGCGAAUUAGGCGACUGCCGGAGCCUGACGCAUAUCGAGCUCGACAACAAUCAGCUUUCCGGCGGCGUGCCACCGGAAUUCGGGAACUUGUCGAAUCUGACGCUGCUGUUCCUAUGGCAGAAUCGCCUGGAGGGUAACAUUCCGGUUACGUUGUCGAAUUGCCGGAAAUUGGAAGCCGUCGACCUGUCUACGAAUGCGCUGACAGGUCCGAUUCCCGCGGGUAUUUUUCAGUUGAGUAAUUUGAACAAGCUUCUGUUACUAUCGAACAAUCUCUCCGGCAGCCUCCCGCCCGAGAUCGGGAACUGCUCGUCAUUGAUCCGAUUCCGGGCGAGCAAUAACAUGAUCACCGGAAGGAUUCCGGCGGAGAUAGGGAGGUUGAAGAAUCUGAAUUUUUUCGAUCUCGGAUUGAAUCGAGUGUCGGGGAUCAUCCCCGUCGAGAUUUCCGGGUGCCGGAAUCUCACCUUUCUCGACCUGCAUUCCAAUUCGUUGUCGGGGAAUUUGCCGGCAAAUCUGAAGGACCUUGUCGCUCUGCAAUUUCUAGAUGUUUCCGACAAUAUGAUCGGAGGGACAUUGAGUCCGGGGAUCGGCGAAUUGAAUUCUCUUACGAAGCUGAUCAUCGCGAAGAAUCGGUUGUCCGGUCCGAUCCCGAUCAAGCUCGGUUCGUGUUCCCGGCUUCAAUUGCUCGAUUUAAGUAGCAACCAACUCGACGGCAUGAUUCCGGCGAGCUUAGGGAAGAUUCCGGCGUUGGAGAUCGCAUUGAAUUUGAGUUGGAAUAGACUUUCCGGUGGGAUUCCGGAGGCCUUCACCGCCCUAGAUCGGCUAGGCGUCCUCGACGUCUCCCACAACCUUCUCUCCGGCGACCUUCAUUUCUUGCCGGAGCUUCAAAAUCUCGUCGUGCUCAAUGUCUCCUACAACAAUUUCUCUGGCCGUGUUCCGGAGACCCCCUUCUUCGCCAAGCUACCCGUCAACGUCCUCGCCGGAAACCCCCAUUUGUGCCUUUCGAACUGCUUUUCCUAUCGUGGCGCCGGCCACCGGAGGGCGGCAAGGGUCGUGAUGGUGGUUUUGCUCUGCGCAGCGUGCAUUUUGAUGCUAACGGCUCUUUACAUUAUCCUCCGGCAAAAAUCGAGAGCCCGAGGCACCGAUCCAGACAACCACGACGACAUCGACUUACCCGGACCGUGGGAGGUCACGUUGUACCAAAAGCUCGAUAUGUCCAUCACCGACGUCGCCCAAUGCUUGACGGCCGUCAACAUGAUAGGGCAAGGUCGAUCGGGGAUUGUGUACCGAGCAACGAUCCCAUCAAGGGCAACGAUCGCAGUGAAAAGAUUCAUCUCAUCGGACAAGCACUCAUCGACGUCGUUCUCAUCGGAGAUCACCACAUUGGCUUGGAUCCGGCAUAGAAACAUCAUCAGGCUAUUAGGAUGGGCGACCAAUCGAAAGACGAAGCUCUUGUUGUACGACUACUUGCCCAACGGCACGUUGGGCGGAUUGUUGCACGACGCGAAUCGCGAUAGAGUUGAUUGGGAGAUUCGGUUCAAGAUCGCAUUAGGGAUCGCCGAGGGCCUUGCCUACUUGCACCACGAUUGUCUCCCACCAAUCCUCCACCGUGACGUGAAGUCGGAUAACAUACUCUUGGGCGAUCAAUACGAGCCGUGUUUGGCUGAUUUCGGGCUUGCAAGAUUCGUCGAGGAUGGGAACGACGGUAAUUCCUAUACAGCGUAUCCUCAAUUCGCCGGAUCAUACGGAUACUUUGCUCCAGAGUAUGCGUCAAUGGUGAAGAUCACAACAAAGAGCGACAUAUAUAGCUACGGCGUAGUGCUUCUAGAAAUCAUCACCGGUAAAAAGCCCGUGGACCUUUCGUUCCCCGAUGGCCAUCACGUGAUCCAACGCGUACGCGAUCACCUCAAGGGCAAAAAUGAUCCCGUCAACAUCAUCGAUCCGAGGCUCCAAGGUCAUCCCGACACACAAGUACAAGAAAUGCUUCAAGCGUUGGGGAUCGCCCUCUUGUGCACAAGUAACCGGCCGGAAGAUCGUCCCACGAUGAAAGACGUGGUCGCAUUGCUUAAGGAAAUCAAGCAAGAGCAACUGGCCGGAUGCGAACAAGUUAACAAGCCCGGGAGCAAGUCGUCGAACAAGCUUCAAAAUACGUUAAAUUCCUCCUCGUCCAUAACUCCGGCGCAACUUUUGCUUCUCCAAGGGUCGUCGAAUUGCUCGUCGGCUUAUUCGUGUUCGUCAUCGACGAGUUACAAUGCGGAUCAUCGAUAAGCGGCUCAGGCUUGGGUUGGCUCGGCUCGAAUAGAAAUUUUUAUUUUUAUUUUUUAUUAGAUUUGUCACUAAAUGAUUAUUUUUGUAAAAGUUAAUAGUGGUAGAAUUCAAUAUUUUAUGUUAAAUGUUGAUUUA